UGAGAAAUCCUUUAGAAACUCCCUGCGGUGUGGAAAUGGCUGCUUGCACCACCUGGUGACUUUGAAGGUGUGUUGCAGAGUUCGACUCCUGGAGCAUCGCACCUGUGUGACCUCCUGAGCCGUCAAGAGACGGAGAGGCUUAUGAGGAGGUUCUGGCAGACGAAACAGUGCCUAGCAAAGACACCCAGGAGGAGGGAGAAGGAGAAAGGGAACGAACACCAGAGCUGAAAUUCACCCUAACCAGCCAUGAGAUCGAUCCGAUCAUUUGCAAACGAUGACCGGCACGUGAUGAUGAAGCACUCGACCAUUUACCCGUCUCCUGAGGAACUCGAAGCUGUCCAGAACAUGGUCUCCACAGUCGAGUGCGCCCUGAAGCAGGUCUCCGAUUGGAUGGACGAAACAAGCAAGUCCACCAGGGCGGAAGGCAGCACAGACGGCAAAGAGGAGCCAGCGGAUGGCAAGGACCAAGGUGGCCGAGUCUUGUGUGGGGUGAUGAGGAUUGGCUUGGUGGCCAAAGGCCUGCUGAUAAAAGACGACAUGGACUUGGAAUUGGUUCUUAUGUGCAAAGAGAAGCCCACGGAGACCUUAUUAUCUCUCGUCAAAGACAAUCUCCCCAUCCAAAUCCAGAAACUCACGGAAGAAAAGUACCAUGUCGAACAUCACGUCGGCGAAGCUGCCGUCGUAAUUUGUACCACGAAGGAGCUGCCACUUACGCUCAAGGUGACCCUAACCUCCCCCCUAAUCCGGGAUGAAGCCGAGAAGAAGGACGGAGUGGACAAUGUCCCGAUGAAAGAUCCUCCAGACUUGCUCGACAGGCAGAAAUGCCUUGAUGCUUUGGCGUCUCUGCGGCACGCCAAAUGGUUCCAGGCCAGAGCAAACGGACUAAAAUCCUGUGUGAUUGUGCUGCGAAUUCUGCGAGAUUUGUGCAACAGAGUCCCCACUUGGGCACCGCUGAAAGGAUGGCCGCUGGAGCUUAUAUGUGAGAAAGCAAUUGGCACGUGCAAUAGACCCUUGGGUGCCGGCGAAGCUCUGCGGCGAGUGAUGGAGUGUCUGGCAUCGGGAAUUCUGCUACCCGGUGGUCCUGGUGUACAUGAUCCCUGUGAGCGGGAGCCGACGGAUGCCUUGUCCAAUCUGACUGUUCAGCAAAGAGAAGCCAUCACCCAUAGUGCCCAGCACGCAUUGAGACUGUCAGCUUUUGGCCAGAUCUAUAAGGUGUUGGAAAUGGAUCCCCUCCCUUCCAAUAAGUCGUUCCAGAAAUAUUCGUGGUCGGGGACCGACAAAGAAGGUGCUGGCUCCUCUGCUUUGAAGAGGCCUUUUGAAGACGGGUUGGGGGAUGAAAAGGAUCCCAAUAAGAAGAUGAAGCGAAACUUGAGGAAAAUCCUCGACAGCAAAGCAAUAGAUCUCAUGAACGCCUUGAUGCGUCUGAACCAGAUACGGCCCGGUUUGCAGUACAAACUGCUUUCCCAGUCAGGCCCCGUCCACGCCCCGGUUUUCACGAUGUCUGUUGAUGUGGACGGCACGACGUACGAAGCUUCCGGCCCUUCCAAGAAAACAGCAAAGCUCCACGUCGCGGUGAAGGUCUUGCAAGCGAUGGGCUACCCCACCGGUUUUGACGCAGACAUGGAAUGUACGAGCUCUGACGAGAAGUCUGAUACAGAAGGCAAAAACGAGACAGCCUCUUCAAACUCAAGCAAUAAUACUGGAAACUCUACAAUUGACACCUCUGCUACGUUAGAGGUACGAACUCAGGGUCCCAUCCUCACAGCUAGUGGCAAGAAUCCGGUGAUGGAGCUCAACGAGAAGCGCCGAGGCCUCAAGUACGAGCUCAUUUCUGAGACCGGCGGAAGCCAUGACAAGCGUUUCGUGAUGGAGGUAGAAGUAGACGGGCAGAAGUUCCGAGGGGCUGGCCCCAACAAGAAGGUGGCUAAGGCCAGUGCCGCGUUGGCUGCUCUCGAGAAACUUUUCUCUGGCCCCAAUGCAGCUGCCAACAAGAAGAAGAAGAUCCUCCCACAGACAAAAGGGAUCGUAAACACGGCCAUGUCAGCAGCCGUCCAGGCAGCAAGGGCGAGAGGGAGAGGGGCUCUGACACGAGGUGCUUUCGUUGGGGCAGCGGCCGCCACGGGUUACCUGGCGCCAGGCUACGCAACACCCUAUGGAUACGGUGCCGCCACGGCUGCACCGGCUUAUGGUUUGCCCAAGAGAAUGCUUCUGUUGCCCGUUAUGAAGCUUCCUACCUAUCCAAUGCCCCAUUAUUCGUUCUUUUAGUAAAUGGCAGAAAUCAAUCCUCACUGACUGACCACCACAGUACAGUAGAGAAUGUUAGAAGAAGAGCAAGAGAGACAGACGGACGAGACAGUCUGCCUGCCUUUUAAGCCCAGUUUUCUUUGAGCGCAUACUUGAUCAAAAACCCAUUUGUAAAGAAACCAUCUUUUCCUACUUUUUUAUUUUAACAAAAUGCAAACUUAGUUCUCUAAAAACUUGAAGAAAACACACACACGCACACACACACACACUACAAACUAUGGUCUGUGAAAAUGGUUACCUCAUUUUUUUUCCUCCAAAAUAACUUAUACCAGCCUUCUGUUAUAGGGAAGAAACUUAGAUGCUUAAAAUCUUUGUUUUUAAAGUGAAGUACCCAAAUCAUGUAAAACUUGUGAAGGAUGUAUAGAGUAUAAAACGCUGAUCACAAAAUAAAACCAGUUUUUGUUGUAAUGGAGAGUAUUCGCCUCUUUCCUAAUACAGAGCCAUGGGCUCUAUUUGGGACCUCUGGUGUCGUUACUUUUUUAAGAGGAAACAGAGCAUCAAUUCUGCCUGUUUAAAAAGCAAAAAAGAUCCUGUUUGGCUUUGUAAAUACAAAGGCAUGUAAUACAGCAAAAUAUGGGUUUAAUUACUGUUUGAGUUAAUUAUUUUAAACACCUAGUUUAGCUUUAAUUCCAUGUGAAGAUUUUGUGGGGUCCUUUCUAGGGUACAUUCCCCGGACACUGGAUGCUCCCAUCUCUUUUGCGUGCUUCCAGUGAACGACGAGGGUUUAUGUCUACUUGUGAAAAACUCA